AACAUAGCAAGAUCCCAGCAAAGGUUCUGAGUAGACUUGGCGAUGUGACGAAGAGGGGAGUGGUCUGGUUCAUGGGUGUAGCAAAAGGCAAACGAUUUUCACAAUAUAUCAUCGAGCAGAUCCCAACUCCGCCCGGGAGAAGCAAGCCAGCAGCAAGCAGCUCUCAUCAUUUACCAGCAAUCCUCUUGUUCCUGGCUUCCUGUUUCCCACUGGAGACUACACGCACCAACUCUCCAACUUCCUUGGAGGAAACUGCGAAUAUUAGUGCCUUUAGUGACUGUGAAGAGUAUGGCACCAGUGUGGGCUCAGAUUGUUGGAUUUGCCACGUUGCCCCAUGUCGGAGGUUUACUUGGCUGGUAUCUAGGACGGUCACAAGUGCCGACCUGGUUUGAGCAAUUGAAGAAACCAUGGUGGCGGCCACCCAAUAAGAUUAUCCCUGUAGUGUGGACCGCUUUAUACACAGGAAUGGGGUAUGCCUCGUAUCUGAUAUGGAGAGAUCUAGGAGGUUUCACAAAUGAGGCACUCAUUCCACUUGGUCUAUAUGGAACUCAGUUGACUUUGAAUUGGGCAUUUUCUGUUAUAUUUUUUGGGACACACAAGUUAAAUCUGGCCUUAAUUGAAGCUUUUUGUCUAUGUGGCAGUGUGGUGGGAACAAUGGUAUCCUGGUACCCUAUCAACAAAACAGCCACACUACUUAUGGUGCCAUAUCUAGCUUGGCUCACUCUUGCCACAGCUCUUACCUACUGUAUCUGGAGGGACAACCCUGACAAGAAGAAGCAGAGUUAAGAAAAGACCUUCAAUGAUAGGAUUACUCCUCAUUCCUGAUGAAGGGCUUUUGCCCGAAACGUCGAUUUUCCUGCUCCUUUGGAUGCUGCCUGACCAGCUGUGUUUUUCCUGCACCACUCUAAUCAUUACUCAUUGUCAGUCAUUCUUUCAUCCGGAUAUCGCCACAGGAAGACAAGUUGAGUUGGGGGGAGGAGUGACCUUGUUAUAUUUGUUUUACUUUACUAGUUACGCUUAUUAAAAAAUGCAAAUUUAAAAUA